UAGCUCUACGAGUUUGCACGUGAAUUUGUCCCAUAGGCUGGCUCUCUGUCUCUGGUCUCUGGCGUCUUCUCUCACUCAGAGUGUGUUUACUAUUAUUAUUAUUAUUAUUAUGUGUGCGCUGUGCGGCGAUCUGAAUUUCAAUCUCAAUCGCAAGUCGAAGUUAAAUCUGAUCUGAGAAAUCGACAAAACACAAUACAACAUCAAAAAAAUAAAUCAAAUUAAAUGCGAAAUUUUAAACAAAUGUAUUUACACUAAAUAUAUAAAUGCAAGCAAUAUUUGUGCAAAGUGCCAAGUGACCAAGUGCAACAAACAACAACAACUUCAACUACAAACAACAACAACAACUGCAGUAACAACAACAGCGAUCACAUCAACGCUAAUCACAACGUUUAAAUCGUCAGAUAGAAAGAAAAAAAACUGCGCAAAAAAUUACAAAAAAAUAACGAAAAUCUCGUGCAAGUUUUUUCGUCGUUGCGCCGUCGGUGACGAAACUUGUUGAGUGUGACCGUGAACCGUGUUGUGAACAGAGUGUGUUUGCGCUGAGUGUGACCGUGUUUGGCGAGUCCCCUCCGCAGCAGCAGCAGCAGAAGCAGCAGCAAGAUUUUCGUCGCCGCCACGUUGCCAGUAAAAGACUUCAAAACGGUUGCCUCACGGUUCGAGUGGAAUGAGCAUAGGGACUCAGGUCUUCCUUUCGAUCGAUCGGUCUACAAAGUCGUUAAACUGAGCCCCAACUUGGAGCCCUACCCCGCCAGCGUGGAGGGCCUCAACAGCCCCAGAGCGGUGGGGAUGGCCGCUACCUCCUACAUGACGCCGCCCAGCGGUGAUCUCGACAUGGCACUCGGCGGUGGAGGCGGUGGCUAUCACACCUCCUCGCCCCGCUCCGCUGCCGAUGCCGGCGAAAUGAAGUACAUGCAGCAUCAUCACCAUCAUCAUGCUGCCGCCGUGGCAGCCGCUGCCUCGGCCUCACACCAUCAGCAACAGUUGCCCUCAUCACCAUCGCCCAAUGGUCAGGUUCAGGGUGGCGGACAGGGCAACAGCUUGGGCGGACUGACGCCCGGCUCGGGGCUGGGCAGCUGGAGUGCAUUGCAUCCGGAUCCGUGGUCAUUGCAGACACAUCAUACGACGCAUCAUCAUCCCGCCGCCGCUGCCGCUGCUGCCGUCGAUUCGGUGAAGCAGGAGAUGUCGCAUCUGACGCAACAGACACGCAUACAACAGGGCAUGGCAUCGCCACAUGCCGCUGCCGCAGCGGCGUGGCAUGCCCCACAUGCCGGACACUAUGCGCCCACGGGCGGCUCACCGUUGCAGUAUCAUCAUGCCGCCAUGAAUGGCAUGCUGCAUCAUCAUCCGGCGCAUCAUGCCGCUCAGGUGGCGCCACUGCAUCAUGCGUUGCGCGGCGAAUCGCCGCAGUUGCACAUACACGCCCAUCACAUGGGCGGCGGCGGCGGUGGCGGUGAUCGCGAUACGAUCAGCGGCGGUGAGGAGGACACGCCCACAUCCGAUGACCUCGAGGCCUUUGCCAAGCAGUUCAAACAACGUCGCAUCAAGCUCGGUUUCACCCAGGCCGAUGUCGGUCUCGCUCUGGGCACACUCUAUGGCAAUGUGUUCUCCCAGACGACGAUCUGUCGCUUUGAGGCACUCCAGCUGAGCUUCAAGAACAUGUGCAAGCUGAAGCCGCUGCUGCAAAAGUGGCUCGAGGAAGCGGACUCGACAACGGGAUCGCCGACGAGCAUCGAUAAGAUUGCGGCCCAGGGACGCAAGCGCAAGAAACGCACCAGCAUCGAGGUGAGCGUGAAGGGUGCCCUCGAGCAGCAUUUCCACAAGCAGCCAAAACCCUCAGCCCAGGAGAUCACAUCGCUGGCGGACUCGCUCCAACUGGAGAAGGAAGUGGUCCGUGUUUGGUUCUGCAAUCGCCGACAGAAGGAGAAACGCAUGACGCCGCCAAAUACACUGGGUGGCGAUAUGAUGGAUGGCAUGCCACCGGGGCAUAUGGGACAUCAUGGUGGUUAUCACACGCAUCACGAUAUGCACGGCAGUCCGAUGGGCAACCAUUCGCAUUCGCAUAGUCCGCCGAUGCUGAGUCCCCAGAACAUGCAGUCGGCUCAUCAGUUGGCGGCUCACUAGCAAUCAGAAAUCCAGGAGUCGAACUCAGCUGCAGCUGCGUCCACUCCUGCCAACAACAAUAGUCUGCAACACCAGCAACAACAGCAACAGCAGCAGCAGCAACAUCAGCAGCAGCAACAUACACAGCAACAACAUGCGCCCAAUACGCCAUCGUCGAGUGCGGGUUCGUCGGUGACGAUGACCAGCCAGGGGCAGGUGAUGUCGCCUCAGAGUCCGCUGGGCAGCGCGUCCAAUGCUGGCCAGACUAACAACAACAACAACAACAACAAUAGUACGAAUAACAACAAUAACAACAACAACAACAGUAGCAGCACAGAGGAACAGGUGAAGCAACAACAACAGCAACAAGCUUCAAGCAUUGCAGCCGCUGCAGCAGCCGCAAUGUAUAUGGAUCCGAUGCGGUAUCAACAUGCCGCCGCCGCACAUCAUGCACACCAUCCGCACCAGCAUCCGCAUCUGAAUCCCGCGCAUCAUCCGCAUCUCUUUCACACCAGCGAGCAACUGCACAAUCCCCACGCCCAGCACCAACAGCAACAGCAACAGCAGCAGCAGCAACAACAGCAGCAGCAGCAACAGCAAUCGGCGGCCAGCAACAGCUCGCAGUUGUCGCCGGGCGCAGGCAGCAACAGCGGCCUGACGUUGCAACCUCCCGGGGCAGUGUCACCCGGCUCUGCCUCAAGCGUGCUUGGCGGGCAUUUGAAUCUGAAUGCUCAUUCGGCAGCGGCGUUGCAUCAGCAUCAUCACUAUCAGCAUCACCAUCAUCACCAGCAGCAUCAUCACCAUCAGCAGCAGCAACAGUUGCAGGCUCGCCGGCUGUUCGAGUUGAGUUUGCAGUUCGGCGCCGCCGCUGCCCCGGGUGCAGUGCGUCACUUCAAUAGCUUUGGCGGCGGCGGUGGCGCUGCCGGUGAAUAGCAUUCGUCGGCCGCCUGGUUUGGCUACGAGUCCUCCUAGGAGGAUCCGGUAAUGCCCAUCAGGUGGCCGCCGCCCGGAUUGAUUGAUUGAUCGAUCGAUCAGUUCAACCAGUGCAUUAAUCUGUGUUACAACUUCAACAAAAAACAAAAAUGAAAACUAAGUUAAGGCAGUCGAUGAUCGUUGGUGAAUCUAGUGGAUAAAAUGUGCAUCAUCUGUGGAUCAGAUCAAGAUAUAGUUUACUUUUUAUUUCUCCCACUUUUUUACCCCCCACAUUUUCUUUUCCAUUUUGUUUUAAACGUUAAAGUUUCAAAAACUUUGUAAACAAUCUUAAAUCUUAAAAAAGAAACACGCAAUUCAAAUCAAACGUGAAACCAAGUGAUGUUGUUUUUAAAUCUAAAUUAAAUCGUAAAUCGCAAUCGAAAACUAGCUAAAAAAAACAAAAGAAUGAGAGACAAAGAAAUGUUUGCGAGCAGUGUUAAGAUUAAAAUUGUUAAAUAAUAAAAGAAAAAUAAUACCACUUACUUACUAUAACGAUAACGAUAACUGUAACUAGAACCGUAACUGUACUGUUUGUUUGUAACAUAUAUGAAAAAAAGAAGAGAAAAGAAAAGAAAAACGAACCUUUGGCCUUCAGCUGCAUUACCAUCUCAAGCAAGGUAAAUCGAAUCGAAUUAAACCAUCCCAAAACACACACACACAUACAUUCUACAUCUAUAAUAAUGAUAUACGAUAUUUGCAAAAGAAAUUAAAUCAAAUUUGUAGCGAUCGCUCAAGUGGUUCGAAAAGCCACCCAACAAAACAUAAAUAAGAAAAAUUAUAUGAAAGAAGGCUCUAGCUAGGGUUUUAUUAGUUUAUAAAGCGGCCGUGCAGAUAAACAAACAAUCACACACACACACAAACACAUAUAAAUAUACAUAACUAUAACUAUAUAGCCAGUAGAUUGUACUCUAAAAAAUUAUAAACAAAAUACUACAAAAAAACGAAAAAACAUACUUAGAAUUUAACGCGCGGCGCGGAAAACCACAAAAAAUAUGAAAAACAACAACAAAUAAGAAAUUCAAAUACAAAAAACGAUUCUGUAAAUAAAAACUACAGUUAAGUCAUAUUUUUAGCUUUAAAUGCAAUUGUAGAUUUUUUAAUAAAUAUUACAAGAAAAAAAUGAAAAUUACACAAAAAAAAAAAACAAAUGCAAAAAACAUUCAUAAAUAUUAAAUUGUAAUUUCUAGGCGAUAAUUUAAUAAAUUAGGCACAUGAAGUUUAGUUACUUAGUAAGUACUGUACUUUCUCUAUAAGCAAACACACACAAACACACACCAAUACACAGACACAUAGCUAAAUCUUAAAAGUAAUCAAAUAAACGAAAUAUGCUAAAAUUGUAAAAUAUAUAAAAAUUGAUGUACAUUAAAAACAAAAAUCGAUAAAACAAAAUGAAAUUAUUUCAAGACAACAAAUAUAAUAAUAGAUGUGUAUAAAAAAACGAAAAGAAAACAAAAAAAUAUAAGACGUGCUUCGUGUUUUUGAUAUACGUACAAGAACUUUUAUAAAAGUGGCCGUUUUUUAUUCAUUUUUUAUUGUAUAAAAGCAAAACAAAACAAAACACAAAAAAAAAAGAAAGCAAGUAAAGAUGCAAAAC